GUACCUGCUGAAGAUAUCAUGCGUGGUAUCGUGCUUUCGCUAGCUGGAUCCAGUUUGUCAGACCUGACCAAGUCUAAUAUUACCAUCAAUGCUCCGACCCAAGAUGACCGCAAUGACAUCAUCGCCCAGGUCAACAUUCCAUCUUCACUUUCAGGAUCGCCAUCAAAUGGCAGUGGUGAAUACGUCCGGGUCAGCUUCUAUGUAUUCUCGACUCCUGCCCUGUUCAUUUCUAAGUCAUUACGCACAAUCAGUGCAGAUAAUGAACGCUUCAAUCGAUCGGCUAACUCGCCAUUGAUUUCUCUCAGUAUUGGUCAAGGAAAAGUAGCAGCCUUGACCGAAUUCAUCAAUUUUACCUUCACUACACUAAAGUCUGGAUACGUGAAUCCCAUUUGUUCAUUCUGGGAUGAGGAGAAGGAAGAUUGGUCUCAGGAUGGAUGUGUUCUUGUUUCUGGAUUCGGAUCAUCAGAUGAUCGCUAUGAUGAGGAGGGUGUGCGCUGUGCGUGUGAUCAUCUUACCAACUUCGCUGUUAUAAUGGUCAGUGAAAAGCAAUUUCGCAGUAAUUAUAUCCGUUGCACCGGUCAACUACUCCCCGGACAAUUUCCUCUGGACAACAUUACCCGACUCACUAAACGCUUUUGGUUAUACUAGAUCUAUAAGCAGUAUAUAUUACGCCAGCGGUGAUGCGAAUGGAUACGGCUCGA